AUAUAUAUAUAGGCAAUCGUGAUCAUAAACUUGCGCUUGUACUAUGACGUAGCGCCCAUUUGGGUCUUGCUUAACUUGUGCUACCUGAAAACGUACAUUUUAUGCACUAAAAUUGCGACCCCUCUAGGGUAUGUUGAGUAAGUGGCUUGAAAGGUCCUGCCUACCCAAGCCCUUUUUAGUGCCAUUAUCUUUUGCCCAACUAGAUGGGUUUAUUGUAGGAGUAAGAUAUCUGGCUUGUGCUUUUUAAUGAAGUCAAAUAUGUGCAUUUCAGUUUGGUGCCUAGCCCCCUAAAAUUCCAUCUGACGAUCCUUAAUUCUGCCAUUUAUGUGUUGUGUGCGUUUCGGGAGCAGCUCAAUUCCCAAACCCAUCAUACUGUCCGUCCCUCCCCUAAUGGUUAUCAUAAGAAAUGAUAGAUAGCACCUCUCAUUUAGUGUGGGCACAGGUGUAUCUGUAACAAGUACAUAGGGGUGGGGUACCCUAAAAUCAAUAUUACUCCAGCUAGUAUACCUGAAACCUGAUCAGGUGCAACUCCAGGUAAUUCCCAGUGAAUAUUCCUUCUCAGGUGGACCCUCGCUGUACUGUUGGAGAAGGGGUAACUCCACUGAUUCCACACACAGGAUUCUCACAAAUACACCUGGGGGCCAGUGGUUCUUUAUAAGCAGAUGAAACUAUUGAUGAACAUUACAUGAAUUCUCUCUGGGAGUGCUGACUCACAUGGAGCAAGAUCUUAGUGAGUAAGUGCUUCAGUGUGAGAUGAUACACACACAAUCCCAGUGAUAGUAUCACACACCCACAGGUAGAACUCAUUGCCUUAGUGACAAAGGUACCAACCUAACUGGUCUCCUUAUUGGUGUCUCUGACUGCUCUACUCAAUAGCCUUCUCCUGCCUCUUACACCUACACUAUUACACAUCUAUUCUGUCACUUACUUCCCCUACUAGACCCUUCCUCCCUCCCAGGUUCUAUGGAGUACACCUCCCUUCCCCCAGCAAGUGAGGGAACCAAAAGAGACCAUGUUCAUGUUGGCUUUCCUUUUUAUAGAAUGGAACAUUCAUUUCAUCUACUGGCCAGUUACUGAACUGCCAGGAAAAUUCUAUAAUUCUGGAAAAGGAAACAUAUGAACACUGGCUAACGUGGCUUCCAGUGAAAGACACACUGAACUUCACCAUAGACCCCCUUAGGCAGGAAAACAAAGGUUGAUAUGUAGCAAAGGAGGGGCUAACAACAUCAAUUCUUCUGUCCUCCCUUCAGAGAUGAAGGAACACAAACCCUGUAAUGUCUGCACUAAAGGGGGUGCCUUCAGAAAGCAUAAGGCAAAUUACAUUUAAUAUAACUAUAAAAUAAGAGCAACAUGGGAACCAUUGGGCUUAAGGUUUCCCUUGUCUAGUAAUAUCCCCUUUCAUGCUUGGGUAAUUUAAAGGCAAAGUUCUUUUGCACAAAGGACCUUCCUUGGUUACCCAGGAGUUUGGCUUCCUAUCAAUGUCUCUGGUUUGGGGUGUCCCUCUCUCUGUGUAAUACUGAAUCCAGUUGUACAUAAAUACAGGGACGAACUCAUGCAUGCAAGAGAAGCUCUUCCAUAUAUAAAGUGGGGGAGAUAAAAUAUAUGUUUGUACCCAGGAGUUUGGGUUCCUAUCAAUGUCUGUGGGUUGGGGUGUCCCUCUCCCCAUGUAAUACUGAAUCCAGUUAUACAUAAAUACAGGGAGGUACCCGUGCAUGCAAGAGAAGCUCUUCUCAUAUAUAAAGUGAGGGAGAUACAAUAUGUGUUUGUACCCUAACCUGCACAUUCAAAAAAAAAAAAAAAAAAAAAGCCGUUGGCGGCGAGGGUCCUCUCUACAAGUUAAAAAAACAUGAGCAGGGUUAAAAAUUUGAUGGGACCAUAGGUUUUCAGUGGAACUUGACUUGAAAAUUCUCAUCAGCAACGGCAGCUUCUUCUCAUUUGGUGGCUUCAGCUUCCUUUGGCUGUUUCUUCAGCUCAAAUAAUAAACUUCUAAUCCACCAGGCUUGGAACAACUGUCUCCCCUUAAGCCAGCACUAGUCACAAUUUGCUUCUCCCAUGUUAUCCAGAAUCCAGAAUAACUCUAAGAGAUUCUGUACUUGAGCUGCUUAGCCUAAAGUUCCACAAGCGAUUCAGAUCUACUACUGCAACCAUAUCCAUAUACUCCAAGCAGAAUGUCAUUGAGCAAAUUGAGUGGGAUUUAUUUAUUAUAGCCUUUUUAUUAAAGUGAGACAUAAACACUGAACUUGGUGUCAGUCAUUUUGCAUAUGCAAAUCAGAAUGUCUGGUCUGGAAUUAAUACGUUUAUAACAAUAGAAAUCUAGUGAGUUUUAUUAUUGUUCUAUUAGAAUACAAAUUGGAGCAGAGAUGGUAGAAGUAUGCAGAGUGCCCCAGGAUGUUUUAUUGUUAGUUAAGGAAGUCUCCCCAUGCUCACUGAGCUGUGCAGAACUUUCCAUGCAGCUGGCAGUAUAUAAGCUUUGCGUAUUAUAUGCUUAUCAGGCCAAAGAAUUGCUGCAAUGUUCUACUGAUCCCACAAGAAAUCGUAUUUUUGUUCAAUGAUGAGUGUUCCCAGGUGAGAAUGAUACCCCAUAUGGCUUUAUCUGGGGUUCUCUAUGCUGCAAGUCAGCUCUGGCUUUGCAUAUAUGAGACAAUGUCAACUAGGAAGCCAGUUGCAAAGCUUUCAUAGAAAUCUCAACACAUUCAACUACUAAAGGCUAAAACCAAGUGGUGUCACUGCCUUAUCCAAAUCCACAGUUGGAAGGAACGUGACAGUGUGAAUGCCAAUGUGCUUGGGAAACUUUGUGCCACUCCAGGGUGCCUAUAUAUCAUAUCUGCACCAGUUACUCUUCUAACAUGGCGUUCAGGCUAUUCUCAACCCCAAGGUUUCCCUCCAUGCUUGUAUCUCUUCUUCUGACAAAGGAUUUUUGUCCAUAUCUGUAUCUACACUUCCAUCAUUCUCUAUCCAUACCUCCUUUUCCACCAAUCACUGGACAUCUCUGUACCUCAUUUCUACCAUUCAUUGUCCAUCUCUGUACCUCCUUUUCCACCAAUCACUGUCCAUCUCUGUACCUCAUUUCUACCGUUCAUUGUCCAUCUCUGUACCUCCUUUUCCACUAAUCACUGUCCAUCUCUGUACCUCAUUUCUACCAUUCAUUGUCCAUCUCUGUACCUCCUUUUCCACCAAACACUGUCUGUCUCUGUACCUCCUUUCCACCAAACACUGUCCAUCUCUGUAUUUCAUUUUCAGCAAUCACUGUCCAUCACUGCACCUCCUUUUCCACCAUGCAUUGUCCAUCUCUGAACCUGCUUUCCACAAAUCACUGUCCAUCACUGAACUUCUUUUCCAACAAUCACUCUAUAUCCAUAUCUGUAUCUCUUUCACCCAAGAUCCUAUUCAUUUGUGUAUCUCCUCUCCCACCCAACUAUCAGUAUAUAAAUAUAUCUCCACUCUUACCCAAGGACAGGUCCAUAUCUGUAGCUUCUAUUCAAUUGAUCACUAUGUCUCCAUAUAUCUAUAUGUUCAUAUAUCUCCUGUUCCCUACAAAAGUAUUAUGCGUCUCUGCUCUCCCACCCAAGGCUCAGUACUUAAAUACUCUAAUCAGUAACUUCUCUUCUAAUCAAGACAAAUGUGACCCUUUAUCCUGUUGGAUUUAGUCCAUAUAUUGCUUUCUGCUCUGCCCAUAGAAACUCGGGGUGCUACUAAAUUCAUUCAGAAGAAACCCCCUUUUACUCUUUGCUGUUGGGGAUCAAAGGGAACAUUUGUCUGUCACUGGCAGAAGCACAAGCAGCUCUGCAUUAUUGUAGCGAACAUGAAAUUUGGAUAAGUCCCAGUUCUAUGAGAAGAAGUUCUAUAUUUUUAACCCAGGGAUGAAUAAGAAGGUUCUGAGCCAAUGAAGACCCCCUGUUCCAUGUGUCCCAUUUGCAGAUGAUAUUUAGCAAUAAAUGAGCUGUGGCCCCAGUAUUUCUUCUUGUCUGGGCUAUGUCACCCCCUGUUCCCCCUCUUGCUGUGAAUUCCCAGUCUCUUGGCCAAACUGCAGGGAGAGAUAAUCAAGAGUCUGAAUAAAGAAAUGAUGCGGAAGGAGUGAAGAUGGAUUAGCAGUGUCUCCCCCCUUCCUCAGCCCCCUCCCAUUGCUGUGACAGAGAGCAGCUCUCACAAUCCCUCUCAGAGUCAGAGACCUCUUAGGUGCUCAACACAUCGAUCCCUGCACAGCCUUCCCCUAGCCCAGCCAGGACCCUGCACCCCAGCAUUUGCCCUGGUACUACUCAGUGGAGCAUGCAAAGACCUAAUAGGGUGGUCAGCACAUUCACCAUAGACUCUCUGAUUGGCAGCCCUCCUGCCCGACAGGGACAUGUGCUCUAUACUGGGUACCCCAUGUUCAUGCCAUAUCGGCCCCUCGUUCUUCCACAGACAUUACCCCCCACCCCACUACCCUCUCUUGGACCCUUGACCUCCUUCACUGGGCGCUUGAGCAACACUUUCUGUGCCAGCCUUGGGCAAGGACUCCCUUCCAUGGUGGCCCUGACUACUUCCCUCCCCAACUUUCCAGACACUGCAGAGAGUUUCUAUUCACAGUCCCAGGAGCUGGCUGCCCCAGGAGGGGGGUCACCAGACUUGGAAGAAAGAGGCAGAGAACCUGCAGCGCAAGGAACCCAGGAACCCAGCUCAGAGGCUACCAAGUACACCUGCCUGCCAGGAGAUGAGAAGCUGGACAGCUCCGAUGAGGACAAGGUAGACGGCAAAGCCUCAGAAACAGGCUGCAGUGACCAUGAGGAAGAGAGCUUGGGGGGGAGUUGUGAUGAGAGCAUUCCUGAUGGAGUAGGAAGUUCUCCAAGGCUUAGAAACAAAGGGAAGGGCACCAGUCAAGCCUCAAUGGUGGAAGGAGCUGGAACCCCAGGGAAGGGCCGGAGGAGGAGGACGGCAUUCACCAGUGAGCAGCUCCUGGAACUGGAGAAAGAGUUUCACUGCAAGAAAUACCUGUCCCUCACUGAGAGGUCUCAGAUCGCCCACACUCUGAAGCUCAGUGAGGUGCAAGUCAAGAUCUGGUUUCAGAACCGUAGGGCUAAGUGGAAACGUAUUAAAGCUGGAAACGUCAGCAAUCGGGCCGGGGAGCCUAUCCGAAACCCCAAAAUUGUGGUGCCCAUCCCAGUGCAUGUCAACUGCUUUGCUGUCAGGACACAACAAAUGGAUGGUGUACACCCUUAGAACCACGGAAGGGAAAAGUGAGCCACGGUUGAUGGUUUGGGAGACUUUAGCCAAUUGGGGUUGGCCCAGCUGUACAUAGUUCCUAUAUAAAUGGAUUAUAUGGGCCAGGGAGAUGACAAUUACAAAACAGAACAUUACAGACAAAACCAAUACGUCAAUCCCAGGAAUUUUAUAAACCAAUAAAUGCUGAUCAUAAUCAUUUAUUUAUAUAGCACCAGCCAACUACUGCUUUACACGAAUUUAUGACAAACAGGGAUCUAAGAAUGUGUUAAUAAACAAGGGCCCAGCUCACAAGAGCUUGCAAUCUAAAGGGCUUGGUUUAUAGAAACAAAUUGAAUUGAUUUAGGAUUCUUUAAUGUCUGAGCAAUCAAAAUACUUUGAAUAUUGAUGUCUUAACAGGUGAAAGAUUAUGGAGUGUUGGAAGGUUUGGAAUGUUUGAAAGGAAGGGGAGAGUAUUCCAGAGACAGGGAGAAGCUGGAUAGAGUUCCAGAGACAGGGAAAAGCCGGAAAGAGAGAUCCAGAGACAACAAGAAGCCGGAGAGAGUUACAGAGACAGUGAGAAGCUGGAGAGAGUUCUAGAGAUGGGGAGAAGCUGGACAGAGAGUUCUAGAGAUGGGGAGAAGCUGGACAGAGAGUUCCAGAGACAGGGAGAAGCUGGGGAGAGAGUGCUGUGCAUGUUAGGUGCAGGGGGUUAUACUCAGUACUGUGCAUUUCAGGGAUGACAGUGUGUUUCUGGCUGGGUAAUGAUGGAGAUGGGAAUGUGGAUGACACUUGUCAUUGCUUAAGUGCUAAUGAAUCUCUCACUACUUGUAAUCAGUGUAUCCUGCCAGCGGGGUGAUUACUGCGUCUCCCAGGGACUUGUGUCAUGGAGGGGGAAAUGAUCCUCACUGAUAAUUAAUCUAUAUCCCUCAAAGCAACAAUAUUCUCCUUAUCUCACUGCCACCUUCUGGGCUUCUCUCCUAAUUUCCCUAUUGGUGUCCCAUCAUCCCCAACAUACUACUUAUAGGGACCCCCAGAAGUACUGUCUGACCUGCCAGAUAUAAAUAUACAUGUAUUACACACACAGCUGAUUCCUCAGAUUAAUAGGAACCCCAAUACUGUGUCUGUGUGAUAUUAAAGGGGAAAUAUCCCUCCUCCUCCCCUGUGUGACAUGAGCUCAGUCAUUUGGGGGGGUAUGUAGGAAAGGGGGGACAGAUAUAAAUAAACACAUAUUAUUGUUACACACACAGCUGAUUCCUCAGAUUGAUACGAACCCCAAUACCGUGUCUGUGUGAUAUUAAAGGGGAAAUAUCCCUCCUCCUCCCCUGUGUGACAUGAGCUCAGUCAGUUGGGGGGUAUGUAGAAAAGGGGGGACAGAUAUAAAUAAACACAUAUUAUUGUUACACACAGAGCUGAUUCCUCAGAUUGAUAGGAACCCCAAUACUGUGUCUGUGAUAUUAACAGUGAAAUAUCCCUCCCCUGUGUGACAUGAGCUCAGUCAGUUGGGGGUAUGUAGAAAAGGGGGGACAGAUAUAAAUAUACAUGUGUUAUUGUUACACACACAGCCGAUUCCUCAGAUUGAUAUGAACCCCGAUACUGUGUCUGUGUGAUAUUAAA